UGAACAAUAAAUAAGAUAGCAGGACUGCGCGCUCUGGAAGCUUGCGUUCACGAUCACUUUUCUUUAUGCACGUACAUUUGUCCAUCAUUAGAACAAACUGAUUGAUGAGCCAAAAUGUGUGCAAAAAGUGUGAAAGAAGAGAACGAGGAGGAACUUUGGCAAACGCAAGAGAACGAGACGCAUCGCCAGCCGCUGCUCGCUGUUUUCAAGACGCCUCGAGUCGCGUUGCGCGGGGCAGUCUUGUUUCCUGCAGACGUCGGGAAACCAGAUGUUUAUCCUGAGCGGCGGAAGUGGAACUCCUGGGAGGAGCAGGACGAGACAGACCGCUCACACAUUAAAGAAGAAGAAGAGCAGGAGGAGGAGGCCCCUCCCAUUAAAGAGGAAGAGGAGGAGCACAGCAUCAGCCAGGAGGGAGACAAGAUUCAAGGAUUGGAGGAGGCCAACAUCAUCAAGUUGAUAUUGACCGGCGUCCAUGUGAAGACUGAAGAUGACGAUCAACACAGUGACGAAGACCACUGCGGAGAAUCAAAUGCCGGCAGCCCCGUCGGGCCACAAUCUGAUUCCGAAGCGUUAACGUCUGUCGCUGAUAAACCCUUUGCCUGCUCAUUUUGCGGUAAAGGCUUCUCUUUAAAAGGAAAUUUAAGAAGACACACAAGAAUACACACCGGGGAGAAACCCUUCGCCUGCUCAGUUUGCGAUAAAACCUUCACACGGAAGGGACACCUGGAAAAACACGUAAGGAUACACCCGACGGAAGAGUCUUCUGCUUUCUCGGUUUCUGGUAAAGCAAUCCCUCAGGAGGGAACGUUGGAAGCAGAAAAACAAACGCACGUUGCGGAGGAACCUUUUUCCUGCUCAGUUUGUGGCCAAACAUUCGCCAGAAAGACAAGCUUGUUACGACACGUACGAACGCACACUGGGGAGAGACCUUUUUCCUGCUUGCUAUGCGGUAAAAGUUUCACAAUGAAUUCGGAUUUAACGCGACACAGGAAAACGCACACCGGAGCCAAACCUUUUGCCUGUGCAGUUUGUGGUAAAAAGUACACUUGGAAUAAAGAUUUAAUCAGGCACUCAAGAUCGCAUACCGGGGAGAAACCUUUUGCUUGCGCGAAUUGCAAUAAAAGAUUCUCAAUGAAAAUAGAUUUGAUACAGCACACAAAAACACACACCGGGGAGAAACCGUUUGCCUGCUUAGUUUGCGGCAAAAGAUUCACCAUGAAGUCUGAUUUAAUGAGGCACAAAAGGACACACUCGAGAAAGAAACCUUUUACGGGUUCAGUCUGUAAUGUUAGUUCAGGAUCGGAGUUGAGCGCCAGGGUAAAGCAGCCUAAACUGGAUACUCCGCGCAUCAAAGACGAAGGGGACGAUAUCGCCAAUUUGCCGUCGACUUUUGUCCCAUCGAAGAGUGAAGAGAACAUCAGGGAGGAGCCUCCAGGCUGCAGCUCGAGCCAACAUAUGACAACAGAAGGCGAUCGAGACCACGGCGGAGGCUCAAAAUCACAAAGCCUUUUAGCUCCACUAUCAGACAGCGACGACAUAACAUCACACUCCUCCGACUUCAACGACGAUAAACACUCUAAAGGGGAUGCGACGCGUCCCACCAACAACAAACGCAGCAAAUGUUCCCAGUGUGACAAAACGUUCGUCAGCAAGUCAACACUGAAAAGACACAUGAGAUCCCACACUGGGGAGAAACCCUUUGCCUGUUCAUUUUGCGGCAAAAGGUUCACCGGGAAGACAAAUUUAAUCACGCACACAAGUAAACACACCGGGGAGAAACCCUUUGCCUGCUCGGUCUGCGGCGAAAGAUUCACUUACAAGGAACAGUUGGGAAGACACGCAAUAACGCACACCGGGGAGAAACAUUUCGCCUGCUCAGUUUGCGAUAAGAUAUUUACCUGGAAGGUCGAUUUUAAUAGGCACACGAGAACGCACAGCGGGGAGAGACCUUUCGCCUGCUCAGUUUGCGACAAAACGUUCAAUAGGAAGUCAAGUUUAAUAAGGCACACGAGAACGCACACCGGGGAGAGACCUUUUGCUUGCUCAGUUUGCGGACAGAGAUUCACUCAGAAGGCGCAUUUGAGGACACACGCAAGUACACACUCUGGUUCUCCCCGGCGUCACCUUUUGCCUACUCAGUGUGCAACCUGACUUAAAUUGAUCAUACAGGAUGGGUUCAACAGAUUCAUAAUUGAUGUGUGGCCAAAGAUUCUCUCGAGGCAUACUUAGGACAACACGCACAAGAAUACACAUGGGUGACACCCCGUGAAAUGUGUUCUGGUUUGAUAUGACCUCUAAAUAUUGUAAAUAUUAGAUUAUUUGUUGCAAGUGUUCAUUGUGUGAUAUGAAUAAAAUACUGUAAAACAGUAAUUUCACUUUUCUUGGAUUCAGAUUGUCCAGUUUAAGGCUCAAUAUGACAGUGUUGGUGUGUAAAGCCAACUAUUUACCUCCUAAAUUUGAGGCACACCCCAG